UUGAGCUACUUUCAGAUGAAAUCAGACAUUGUACAAAUACAACAGUUAGAAUACUACUUCAGUAAAAUAAACUUCAGGAACAGGAGCGCGCACGCCGACGCGCUGACGUCACACGCCGUCUUCAGUUCAAAUCGUUGUUGUUCGGUGACAGCCAAUCAGGAGCCUCCAGGUCACAGGUCCGAGAAGAUGGCUGCUGCGAGGAACGGGAGGAGCGGGCUGCUGGAGAAGUGGAGAAUCGAUGAGAAACCCGUUAAAAUCGAUAAAUGGGACGGAGCCGCUGUGAAGAACUCCCUGGACGAUGCUGCUAAGAAGGUGCUCCUGGAGAAGUUCGGUUACAUGGAGAACUUCCAGCUGGUGGACGGCCGUCUGCUGAUCUGCACCGUGUCCUGUCUGUUCGCCAUGUUGGCUCUGGUCUGGGACUACCUGCACCCGUUCCCCGAGUCCAGACCGGUCCUGGCCUGCUGCGUCAUCUCGUACUUCAUCAUGAUGGGCAUCCUGACUCUGUACACGUCAUACAAAGAGAAGAACAUCUUCUUGGUGGCGCUGCAGAAAGAUCCGGCCGGGAUGGAUCCGGACCACGUCUGGCAGCUCUCGUCCUCCCUCAAAAGGUUCGAUGACCAGUACACGCUCAGAGUGUCCUUCACUGACGGGAAGUCCAAGAGCUUCAGAGAGGCCGAGUUCACCAAGUCUGUGUCGGUGUUCUUCGACGACAACGGGACUCUGGUGAUGGACCACUUCGAGAAGAGCGUGUCCAAACUGCACGACACGCUCGCCUCUGACAAGAAGACCAAAUAAAGCUACCGCCACCCUCACAGCCAAUCACAGCCCACCGCAGAGAGAGAACCAAUCACAGCUUGUCUUGUGACAGUUUGUUGUUUGUCAGCCUUUUUUUUUUACGUCUUUGACAUUUUCCAAACUUGUCUACAAACACAGGCUUGUCUUCAAGGUUCCCUCGGGUCCUUGAAAAUCCUUAAACGUUUGUGAAUUUAAGGAGACUUGAGGGUCAUUAAAAGUUCUUGAAUUUACAGAUUUUGUCCAACAAUCCUCACGACGUCGUCCUCUUUGUGUUUUCACCUCCGCCCUGUGUCCUUGUGAGUUUUCUCGGUUGUCAUGGAGACAUCGUGGAUAACAUGGUCGCCUGUCUCUGGCAACAACUAAACCAUCUCCAUGACAACUGACCAAACUGAGGAAGACCACGUGGUGUGACCGAAAGGUCUGGAAACUCAUCAGAAGUUUGGAUUCUGCUUCUUCCUGACGAGUGGUGCGUUGCCGAUGAUCCAGGCGCUCGUGGGAUUGUUGCUGUGUUCAACCUGCAGGGAUGACAUGUUGUUGUUAGGUGGAGCGGGAAGUUCACGUCGCUCUGGUUCUUUGCCUCGUCACCUCACAGUGAGAAGUUCUUGGUUUGAACCCGCUGUAGACUCGGACCUUUCUGGGUUCUCUGGUUCUGGACGGGAAUCCAAGAAGCCAACGUUAGCCCGUCAACAAAGUAGCCUGCGGUCACGUGAGUUCACGUGGUCAGUGUGAUGACAUCCUCCGCAGUCUCUUUCGGCGUCGUCACGUACAGGUGCUAACGUUGAUUGACUUCCUGUUCCCUGUGAUUGGUUCUCUCUCUGCAGCUUCUUUUUUCCACAUAAAUCAACUCGUGAACUUUGAUCCAUCGUCUGCCACCAACUCACAAACUAAACGCUCCUUCUAUCUUCUUCAGUUUUUUGUUUGUUUAAAUCUUUGUAAAAUGUCACAAAACUUCCAGCUUUACCUGUCGGUGUUAUGACAUCACAGUGACAUCACAGUGACAUCAAGAAAACGUGUUUAGUUCUUCAGCCGACUGAGCCUUCGUCACCUUUUCAUGUGGGGACUCUCAACAGCUAGUCAUCGGAUCAGGUCAGGCGUUGGAUCAGGUCAGGCUUUGGAUCAGGUCAGGCGUUGGUCAGGUCAGGCGUUGGAUCAGGUCAGGCGUUGGAUCAGGCGUUGGAUCAGGUCAGGCGUUGGAUCAGGCGUUGGGUCAGGUCAGGCGUUGGAUCAGGCGUUGGUCAGGUCAGGCGUUGGAUCAGGUCAGGCGUUGGGUCAGGCGUUGGGUCAGGUCAGGCGUUGGAUCAGGUCAGGCGUUGGUCAGGUCAGGCGUUGGUCUUCAGUAUUUUUCGGACAUUUCAGCUUCAAAGUUUCUCAUCGUGCAGUGAAACUCAGUCAUCGACCAAUCACGGCGUGAUGUGUCACUGUGGGCGGAGCCACGUGAAGGGUGAAGCAGGCGUCACGUUGGUUGUUUCUAUGUUUGAACUUAAUUUUCAGACGAGCGUUAACGUCACGUUAGCAUCGUUAGCAUUCGUUGGUGAAUGCUAACGAUGCUAACGCACAUGACGCUGCCUUCCAGCAGGAAGUGAUCCAGCAGGAAGUGCACUGACUGUCGACCAAUCCUUUGUUUUGUUGUUGAAUGUUUGACGUUGUGUCUCCCGGUCAGUGAAAACAUUAAAGAUGAUGUCACGAAGCAUUUUA